AUGCGGAAACUUCUGCAGGAGGAUCUUGAGAGCUUGUACAGCAAGGCAGACAGCCCGAGGGCCAUGGUCCCAGACGCUGUCGCCUCAAACGAGCUGCAAGACUACGAUGGAGAAGGUCUUGAGAGGAUGAACCAUUCAGACCAGCACAAGCUGGAAGAUGAGUACGGAUCUCCGAUUCCGAAACUCUGGAUGAAAGGUGAAACCCCGCGGGUGAAGUCGGCAGAGAGGUCUAGGUUAUCGAAGCCGGUGGAGCUGGGGAGUGACUACCCGAUGCCCUCAACAGAAGUGACGGGCCACAAUGUCGGGAUAGGGCUGAGGCCGAUGUGGGAUCAAGAGAAGGGACGGUGGUCUUUGUCUCCUUACAGGGAGAAGCGAGGGGAGGACACCAAGAGCUUGCAGUUCACUCCGACUAGACCAGCCAAUAGCAGUAUGAACAGGGAGCCAGUGCUGCAGGCUCAUGAGGGGAGCUGGGACCUGAAGCCCAGCGCUACUCCUCCUGACAGAUCGUCGUGGGCUGCAUGGAAGAAAGACGCGGGGAUGUUCUAUCAGGAUACUUUGUCUGCUGGCCGCCUGACGUCGAGCGCGGUCAAGGCCGAGGUGAAUAUUUUCUCUAGUGGGGUCAACAACCGGCCCAGCUCUUCAUCCAACGCUUCCUACCAGACACCAUACUCGUCCAACAAGGGAGGGCCCGGGAUCAAUUUUGAUCCUCCCCAUGUUAGCGGCGCCUCCAAUGCUGCGACGUUCUUUCAGGCUCCGCAGAGCGUCAUCAGCCCGAACAGAGUCGACCCAAGGAAUCAGCUGGACACGAGCUUGCAAGAAGAGCUGAAGAGGACUUGCGAGGACUUGGAGGUGUCAAGAGCGACGAUUGAAGUCCAGAAGGAACUGAUCGCUAAGAUGGAGAACCGAGAUUUUGAGCACAGGAGUGCGAUCGAGAUUCUGAAUCAGGAGAACAGCCGAUUGCAAGCUCAAGUCAAGCGAAUCUCAGAGAGUGAGGGCGUGUUGUCCAGCCUGAAGAAGCAGCUCGAAGACGCUCAGCAAGUCAAGGAGGUUCAGGAGCGGAAGAUUCGAGAGUUGAGGUUCACCAUCGAGGGGUUGGAGAACGAUCUGUCCGUGGCGCAAGAUCGAUUACAGGCGUUGGAGCUGGAGAAGGAGGAGAUCUGCGAAGUGAUGCAGCAGCAGACGGUGAUCCUGAAGCAGCUGAGCGCAGAGGACAAGUUGAAGGAAGUAGAGCGUACGAGGCUGGCGGCUGAGGUGGAGGAGCUGAGGACGAAGGCCGAGGCUCAGUCGAGUUACGACAGCAACAUGGUGGCGCAGGUUUCGCGUCUUGAGGCACAGAACGAGGAGCUGAGGGGCCAACUCUCUGCAUCCUCCGCCAGCAAGGCGGAGUUGGAAGGGCUGAGAAAGAAGAUAUCGGAGCUGAGGGAAGUACAAGCAGAAGAUGAGAAGGUUCAACAAGAGCUGCGAUCAGUGUUGAAGGAGGCGAACUUUAAGAUUGAAAGUCUGGACAAGGCAUUGAAGGCUUCAAACAAAGAAAGGGAUGCGCUCAAAGAACAGUUGGCGGAGCAAGCUUUGAUGGGCGAGAAGACAUCCAAGUCCAACACCAACUCAGCAUGUGCUCCAUUCAGCUGUAAAAGUCUGUUCAUACACAGGGACGCGCAUCUCUCUGUUGCCGGCAGCUUCGACGGUACCCCGAAGCAAGCAAGGGACAAGCUCUUCCGCAACACCUCGACCGUCAAUUCUCCUCCCAACGGCAAGACCGGUUCCGCCCUCGUCGCUGCUCAGCUCACGUUCGUCGACAACUCGCUGCGGCCCAAGGAAGGGAUGGCGGCGUCUGUACCCAACGAGGGCUCGUCCCCGGGAUCUUCUUCGGAGGAAGACCUUGUAGUGGAGGUGAUGACGGACUUCGCUACGGUCGAUGGCAGCGGCGUUGUCUUCUCCGCAGGAGAACAAUGCAUUCUGGUCAAGGAAGGCACCAAGGGAUGGACUCUACUGUUGACAGGUACGACGAUGAGGACGGGGAGGGAGGGGAGGCGAAAAGAGGAGCAGGAGAACGAGAAGUCAGUGGGGUAG